UCCAAAUUUAAAUAAUUUUUAGAAUCGAAUCUUUUAAUUCUAGAUGAAAUGCAUCAGCUCAUUUAAGAAUAUUUCAUAUCCUUGAAAUUUGUGUAUAGUAAUUUUAAAUAUAUUUCACUACUGUGUUGAAAUGAAGGCUUUUAAGAGUUUCCGAUCAGUUUUCGCACCGAAAAACAUACUCACGUUUGUCUUCCUUUGGAACUUUCUAUCUGUUAAGUGCAACCCGGAUGCAAAAAGACUGUACGACGAUCUCAUGAGCAGUUAUAAUAGACUUAUCCGGCCGGUUGUCAACACUAGCGACACCCUUACAGUGAAAUUGGGACUAAAACUUUCUCAGUUGAUUGAUGUGAAUCUGAAGAACCAAGUGAUGACGACCAACGUCUGGGUCAAUCAAGAGUGGUUUGAUCAUAAAUUGCGUUGGGAUCCGGACGAAUACGGAGGCGUCCAGCAUCUUUAUGUGCCUGCUGAGCAGAUAUGGCUUCCCGAUAUAGUUCUCUAUAAUAAUGCUGACGGCAACUACGAGGUCACCAUCAUGACGAAGGCCAUCAUCCACAGCACGGGCAGAGUAGUCUGGAACCCGCCGGCCAUCUACAAGAGCUCCUGCCAAAUCGACGUCCAGUACUUUCCCUUCGACAGGCAGAGCUGCCUCAUGAAGUUCGGAUCUUGGACGUAUGACGGAUACCACGUUGAUUUAAAACACCUUCAGGAAAUCGCCAAUUCCUCCAUCGUUCCUCUGGGGGUGGACCUGAGCGAAUUCUACUUGAGUGUGGAAUGGGACAUCAUGGCUGCCCCAGCCACUCGCAAUGAAAAGUACUAUUCAUGCUGUAUGGAGCCCUAUCCCGACAUCACUUUCAACAUGACCUUAAGGCGGAAGCCGCUUUUUUACACUGUCAAUCUGAUCAUUCCAUGCGUGGGCAUCUCCGGUCUGUCAGUUGUCGUCUUCUAUCUGCCAUCGGAGAGUGGCGAGAAAGUUAGUCUGUCUAUCUCCAUUCUUCUGUCUCUGACGUUCUUUUUUCUGGUCUUGGCGGAGAUUGUCCCCUCAACCUCCCUGGCGAUGCCGCUCCUGGGAAAGUAUCUGCUGUUCACAAUGAUUCUAGUCACCCUGAGCGUGGUUUUUGCAGUGGCUGUCCUCAAUGUCCACUUCCGUUCGCCGUCGUUUCAUAAGAUGCCCAAUUGGGUUCGUCGUCUAUUCAUCGACAUCCUGCCCAAAGUGCUGCUGAUGAGAUCGCCGCAGUAUACUGACCACCACCUGCACCGGAACAGCAGCGACAGGAAAAAGACCCCUUCCAAAGACAAGAGCAAGAAAUCGAAGAUGAAAUCAGAUGCUCCCAUCGAUUCAAAAGUAGCCCGUAUGAUCCGCGAUUCCUCUUCCUCCCUUCUCGAUUUACGGGACAUUUCCCAAGAUGAGCCAGGGCUACUGAUCCGCGAACUGGAUUCGAGUCCUGUGACUGCAGAGAGAAGACGCUAUCCCCGCCAGAUGCUGAAAUCCAUUCAGAACGCCAUGUUUAUCGCCCAACACAUCGACAAUGAAGACGACUUCGAGACGGUGAAAGAUGAAUGGAAGUACGUUGCUAUGGUUCUGGAUCGUCUGUUCCUGUGGAUGUUCACGGCAGCCUGUGUCAUCGGCACGGCGGGGAUUUUCCUGCAGGCUCCCCUACUCUACGACACUGACAGCCCCAUUGACGUGGUGAGUUCCAAGGUCGCUCACACCCUUCAAGUGGAUUGGAUGGCUUAAGAUGAAAAAAAAUUUGAAAGUCGAAAAUUUGUGCAACUUCUUCCAUUACUGAGCAAACACGCGUUGUAUUUCCUUGAGGAAGCAUACCUCCCUAUUUUGUAUUUAAUCAUUACUAUAGACAAAAAUAUAAAUAGUUUGUCGAUAUUUUGUGGGUAUAUACACUGGGCUAGUUGCCAAGUAUAAAAGCAAUGUAUAGCCUCCCCAAAAGCAACUUGAUUGUAUUAAAAAUAGUGCAAUAUGCAGAAAGGCGCAAUUAUCUCUUAAAAGCUGAAAUGAUUAAUAAUAAUAAAAAAAUGCAAAUCAUCGCAGGAGAUCUGCCACUGUUUAAAGAAGAAAUCUCAAAACCUUGUGGAUAAUAACUAAAACACACGCAACAGAUAAUACAUAAAGGAUCAUAAAAAAAUGCAGUCAAUGGAAGACAUUUAGAACUUUGGACUAAAUGCAAAUGUAUUCUUUAAACUUUUAAUGAUAUCGCACUUUUAAUAGCGACAUAUGCUUUGAAAGAUUUGGCAGAUACAAAAACAUAGAUAUUGUUCGGUUAUCAAAACUUUAUAGAUGUUGAAAGUGAACAUUCACAAAAAAACUGCAUCCCAUACAAAUAUCACACUCGUGAUUCUUUUACACUUUUUCGAGCUACUAAGAGCACUAAAACUCCUUUUCUCAUUUACUA